AUGGCUUGCGGAAAGCGACGGGUACAGACCGAGUGUCCAGAUCCAGGGUCUGAUCCAGCGAUAUUCACCAAAGCUCACUCGCCUGAGGAAGAAAUUCAGUAUGAAGACGGACGUGAUGUGGUGCCAGAUACUGUACUCCAGGUGGAGACCGAGUCCUUCUUCGUAAACAGAGACAGACUGGCUCAGCUGAGUCCGUAUUUCCGAGCGCUGUUCUUCGGCGGAGGUCGAGAGAGCAGCAGGAGGCACAUCGAGAUCAAAGGUGUUGGUCUGGACCACUUUCGCACCCUUAUGGAGUACGCCAAGAGCUUGAAAUUACAUCUCGACAGGAAUAACGUCUUGGGAAUCCUGGAAACGGCUAACUUCCUUCAGCUGGAGAAGGCCAGGAUGCUGUGCUGCAAGUUCCUGGAGCGAGAGCUUCAUCUGAGUAACUGUUUAGGGAUGAUGUCCUACGCGUGGCAGCUGGGCUGUCUGGAGCUUUACACAGCCGCACGGGGGGUUGUUCUGACCCACUUUCCGGCUUUAGCCUCCGAGGAAGACUUUCUGUCUCUGUCCAAGCAGACCGUAGCUGACCUCCUGGCCAGCGACGACCUUUUCGUUCCACGGGAAGACCUGGCCUUCGAGGUUACGUUACGGUGGGCAACCUUUGACCCUAGUCGUGAGGACGACUUCGUAGAAUUGGCAGGUCUGGUUAGACCCGAGGGUUUGAGUCUGCCGUACAUCACAGAUCUCCUGACCAGGAUGACCAGUUCUGACCCGCGUGCCAAGCUUAUCUGCAGACUGAACAAUCAUCUCCCGGUCAGCUGGACUAUGGGCAGGUCUGUCCCCAGAAUCUGCUCGAGAGAGAUGCUGUUUAUGAUCGGCGGGUCACACGAGACGGACCAGCAGGCGCUUUAUCAGUUCAACCCACGCAGUGGAAGGUGGCAGGCUUUACCGCCUUUGCAGAGGAAGUGUCUAACACAGUACUCAGUUGCAGCAGUAGGGGACAACGUAGUGGUCACUGGUGGCUACUUCCGGGACAUCUUGUGGUACAGUGUGGACUGGGUUCGGAUUUACCAGUGUGGAAACGAACGGUGGGUGGACGGUCCGGCGAUGCUGAAAUCCAGACACAGCCACUGCUCGGUCGGACUGGACUCGCAGCUUUUCGUGCUGGGAGGCAGCAUGGACGAGGGGCUCGUGGCUGACGCGGAGAGGCUGGUGAUGGGAGCGGACUGCUGGGAGAGUGUUAGUCUGAUGGUACGGGCAGUGGAGAGGGCGGCCGUGGUCACUAUGGGCUCAUGUAUCUACGUGGCUUGUGGUCUGGAUGAAAACGGUGAAGUGUACAGCGGAAUUCAGAGGUACAAGGCUGAGGUCGAUCAGUGGGAUGUUGUUUCCUACUCUCCAUUUCCACGUUAUGACCUUCUGGCCACUGAGUUGAAUGGCGCCCUCUACGUGCUUGGAGGAAAAGCUUUACGACUAGACGUCGAUACUGAUGAGUGGACUCUGCUGGAUGAGGACUUUCUGGAUGGGAAGUUCUUCACUGGUUGUGCUACUGUGAAUGGACAAAUCUACCUGAUUAGCGAGAGGAAGAUUAACAAGGUUACCAGGAACAUGGUUCUCUUCGACCCCUACACUGACACAUGUGUAGAAAUGGAUAAUGAAAUACCAUGUCCCGUCCCCGUACGAGGUUGUGUCACUGUUCGAAAAAAUGGUUUCCGUGAUAAAAAUGUGCUUACCUGCAUGGAAAGAUGAUGAGGCGAGUUCCCAGGAAAACCCCGGAGAAGACCACAAACAGGCUCUCGCAGGUCUU